AUGCCCUCGUUGUGUAUUGCGUCUGGUGCACCUGUUGGAGGAGGCACUGCCAGCGCCGCCUGCGCCCCAUCAAAUGCCAUCAACUUGCCAGGUGGCAAGGUUGCUCAACAUGUGAAGGGUUUGCGGUUGGUGCCUGUGGCGCUGGCUUCAGGGGCUGCAGCCUCCCGGCCUGCCCGUCGUCGCCUCGCUUUGCGCAGCCGGGGUGGUGAGCGGCAGGAGGAGGGCGACUUCCUGGCCGGUUUUCGCCUCGCCCUGGGGAGCAGGGAGGAGCUGCUCCAGCAGGAGCUGCUCAAGGCGGAGGAGGACUUGGCGCGGCUGCGCCACCAGCUGGACAAGAUCGAGAAGGAGAAAGAGUCCUUAGAAGACAUCCUUGGCUCGCUGAAUCGUGAAGUCUUGGAGGCCCGAAAGACCAGGAAUGCGGACAAAGAGGCACUGGCGCAGCUGGAGCGGGCCGUGGUGACGGCGGAGGCUCAGCGGCAAGAGAUGAAGGAGCGCCUGACGAAGAACGAGUCCUCGCACCAGGAGGCCAGCGAGACUCAGAAGAAGCAGUGGAGCAUGGAAUUGGAAAGUGAGCAGGCCCUGCGAGCAGAGUCGGAGCAUCGCUGGGAGAUGCUCAGCGAGGAGUUGCAGCGGCAAAAGGAGGAGCUGCAAGAGGAAUACCGACGUCUUCAGGCGGCCUACCAUGCGCUGGAAGAGCACUUGGACAGUGACUUGGAAGAGGCCCUUGCUGAGUCAAAGAGAAAGGCCACGGAGGCCGUGGAGCAAGUCACUGCACUCGAGGAUGAGAAGAAGCAGCUGAAAGAGGAGAUGAACUCGAUGGCGUUGAAGGCUCAGAAAGAAUUGGGUGAGAUGAGAGGCGAGCUGGAGAAGGCUGCUACGCUGAAGUUGGAGCAAGUUGAGAAGGAUUUGGAGGAGGCACAAGCCGGCUUGAGAGACCAAGAAGCGUUGGCGGCGGAGGAGGCGAAUCUGCUGCAAGAGGCGCAAGAAGAAACCACAAAGCUGAAAGAACAAUUGAUGAAGCUCGAGGUCGACCGGAUUGCGCUCGAGCAACAAUUCCAAGAGGAUGUGAAGAAGGUGGAAUCGGAGUUCAAGAGCAAGAUGUUUGCUGCCGAGGAGGAGGCUAAGCAAGCCAAGGCCGGGCAAAGCAAGCUUGAGGGUCAAAUAUCAGCGUUGCGCAAGGAGGCAGAGGAACGAGUUCACCUGCUGACCAAUGACUUGAAGUCGGAGAAGGAGUUACGUGUGUCACUUGAGAAGCAGCUGGAAGAGGACGCGAGGAAGGUGGAGGCAGACUUGCAGAAUAAGACGUCGGCUGCUAACGAAGAAGCUAGACUUCUGAAGGCUGAGAAGCGCAAGCUUGAGAGCCAGAUAUCCAUCGUGCGCAAGGAGGCAGAGGAGAGCAUCAACAAGCUGAGCAGCGAUUUGAAGUCGGAGAAGGAGUUACGUGUGUCACUUGAGAAGCAGAUGGAAGAGGACGCGGGGAAGGUGGAGGCAGACUUGCAGAACAAGACUUCGGCUGCUGACGAAGCUAGACUUCUGAAGGCUGAGAAGCGCAAGCUUGAGAGCCAGAUAUCCGUCGUGCGCAAGAAGGCAGAGGAGAGCAUCAACAAGCUGAGCAGCGAUUUGAAGUCGGAGAAGGAGCUACGUGUGUCACUUGAGAAGCAGCUCGAAGAAGAGGUCAAUAAGGUGGAGGCAAUCUUGCAGAGCAGGACUUUGACCGUUGCAGAAGAAACUAAACUUCUCAAGGCUGAGAAGCGCAAGCUUCAGAGUCAGAUAUCCGUUGUGCGCAAAGAGGCCGACGAGAGGAUGAAGCUUCUGACCAAUGACUUAGACGCGGAGCAGGCACGUCGGGCGACGCUUGAGAAGCAGUUGAAAGAAGAGGUUGAAAAGGGGGCUCCAGGGCAUCCGGCCCUCCAGCUGACUUGGCUCGAGCAAGACAGAUCGCCCGAUGGGGUUCCCAUGGCGAUUGUCCCGGUGACCGAGUGGCCCGAGGGCGCCUCCCUCGGUGACGCGGAGGUGGAUGCGCUCCACGUGGCGCAUCAUGCGCAGCCGCGGCAGGUGCUCGGCUGUCACAGGCUCAAGAGCCAUGAGAGCAAUGAAGAGGGCGAUCUCUUUGUCUUCCGCGUCUGGCACCAGUCGUUAGAAAGGGACUGGGAGGCCGAAGACUUGGAGGUUCUGUUGCAGUUGGAGGGUGUUUCUCCGCCGGUGCCCAUGCGGCGACGCUGUGCUUGGCUAUAUGAAGCUGUCUUGCGACUGCCGGCUGAUUGGAUCCCGGACGAAGACGACGCGGCCCAAGCUCCUGUGGGAGGUGUGCUGCGCCUACCCAGAUAUCAGGUCUUGAUCCCUGAGCAGGAUCAUCCUCUCCAUGAUGCCUUUGGCUAUGUUGGCUUCUUGCUUGCAGAGGUGGAGAUCGACCAGUUUCAAAGCGGACAUUUCCUGCACGUCGCAGAUGCCUUGGGGUGUCACUGCGUGUGUGCAGGUGGAGUCUACGGCCUUCGCUUUGCCACCUGGGCUCCGCGCGCGGUCUUCGUGAGCGUGGUUGGAGAUUGGAACAACUGGGACGGCCGUGCUUGUCCGAUGGCGAAGCGCUUUCGCGCGGGCAAAGAUGGUGGCUUUUGUGGUCUCUGGGAGAUCUUUGUGCCAUUUGGCGAACUCUCUGACGUCCCCUUUGGCCAGAAGUAUGGCUUCAAGAUCCAUACCUUGGCGGGGACAGAUCUGGUGAAGAUGGACCCCUAUGCCCAAGAGAUGGAAGUGCCCAGCGACUUGUACCACAGCCCUGUCUUCAAUGCUUCGGUGAUCAGCAGCUGUGACGACAGUUAUCGCGCCAAACCCUUCGAGUGGAGUGACGAAGCAUGGAUGCAGGCAAGGGAAGAGCGCGGGCAAGUGAACACCGCCCUCCUGCAGCCGAUGGCGAUUUACGAGGUGCACCUAUCCUCCUUCCGCCGUGGUGCCAAUGGGGAGUUGAUGAACUACCGGGAUAUGGCGAAGCAGCUUGUGGAACACGUCAAGGCGCUGAACUUUAACUGGGUGGAGCUGAUGGCUUUGGCGCAUCAUCCUUUUCAAGGCUCUUGGGGCUACCAGGUGAGCGGGUACUACAGUUGCUACUCGCUCUUGGGAUCGCCCGAUGACCUGAAGUACCUCAUCAAUCAGCUCCACGAGGCCAAGAUCGGUGUGAUCAUGGACUUCGUACCGGCGCACUUCUGCAAGGACGCCUGCAGCUUUGGCGAUUUCGAUGGCACCGCCACCUUCGAGUACGAGGACCCCCGUGAAGGCGAACAAAGGCAAUGGGGCACCAAGGUCUUCAACUUCCGCCGGAACGAGGUCAGGAGCUUCCUCCUGGGAGCGGCGCUGUUUUGGGCCGACAGAUACCAUAUCGAUGGAUUUCGCUGUGAUGCGGUCUCCUCCAUGAUCUACCGGAACUUCGGGAAGUCGGAGGGCGAGUGGAUCCGCAACGAGCACGGGGGCGACAGCAACCUGGAGGCGGUGUCCUUACUCCGGGAGCUCAACAACUCCAUGAAGGAGUUUUGGCCUGGUGUGAUCAUGAUCGCUGAAGAGUCGACCGCCUGGGAAGGUGUCACUUCUUUGAGGCCAGCAAGCUCGUCGCUGGGCUUUGACCUGAAGUGGGACUUGGGUUGGAUGAAUGACACUCUCAUCUAUCUUGAGGACAGGAGAAAAUUGGGCUAGCAUAGCUGUUGCGCUUUGGUUCCAACGUUGUCGUCAAGGGCCCGUGGAAGGCUCUUGUAUCUUCAGCUUUGCUAGCUUCUGGGUGAACUUGACCAUCCCAGACACAGUGAUCCACAUUGGGGAUGGUGCCUUCAAGAGUCACAACUCGUUAGUAACCUUGACCAUCUCAGACUCAGUGGCAGUGACCCACAUUUGGGAUUCUGCUUUUGACAAUUGCAGGUCUUUGCUUUCCAUGUUUUUGGACUAAAGAUUGUCUAGAGUCUGGAGCCAGUGGUAUGGUAGGCUCUUGUUUGGUGAUACGUUUGCCCGAUGCUUGGCGUGUUUGGUUUCUAUGGUCCGGCUUUUGUAAACUGCGUGUGAACUGUCUGGUCAGCUUUGCUCAGAUCUGCUAGCUAGCUUCAGAAUAUCGCCUUCGAAGCCAUGGGCACAGCAUGCAGCUGCGAUAGACAUCCUCGGUGUGGGGUGUGUGGUCAUUGCUCGAUUCGAUGCCAAGAUUGUGGGUACAGAACUCAAAAUGCAUGCACAAGCUGUCUUGAGGCAGAGGCCCGCCAAGCUCGUGAAGCAGAACGCCGAGUUCGUGAGGAAGCAGAACACCGAGUUCGUGAGGAGGCAAGACGCCGUGAAGCAGAACGCAAAGAAAGGGCCCGCCAAGUCCAUAAGGCUGUGAGCACGUUCACACAAGAAGGUUUGGCCCAUGUUUCCAAAGACCUUACAGUGGAUUCAGCACUUCAGAAGGUGAAAUCUGAAAGCUGGACAAAAGUGGAUGCGGGCGUCAGCGUGGGGCCCUAUGUUCUGCAGUCUGUGUCAAAGAUUUGGUUUGACGACCCCAAAGAGCCAAAGACAAUGUCAGUUGGACUGGGAUUCCCAGCAAUGCAGCAUUUCAAGUUGGAGGUCUUUGAUUUUGGCUCCAAGUACAUCGCCAAGUUGAUCAAGGACAUGAAAAUCGGCGACCAAGUGAAAUGCAUCGAAUGGAUUGCAGAGGCUGGUGAUUCGGAGACGAAGUGCAAGGUUGCGCCAGGAAGUGAUUACUUUGAUAUUGACCCUGACAUGCGGCAGUCCAUCAAGUGGCAGCGUGUCAAAUGCCACAUCCAUGUCCAGAACCAGGACGGCCACAUCGACCGCAUCGAGGUUGUUUUUGAGGCAGGAAGCAUACAGACAUUCCUGGCAGUUAUUGGUGGAGUCCUAGUUGGCGCAGCGGUUGUCUGGUUGUUCAGUGCCGCUGCCGGUGCCGGUGCCACCGUCGGUUCUGGAGUUGGCUUCACAACGAAUAUGAGUAUUACCAUUUGUGCAGUUCAAUAGCAAAGUGCUGGGAUCGCGCAGUAGUUCCGUAGCAUGUUUGGCCUGGACCCUUGGUUCCUGAUGUUCAGGAGAAGCUACUUCCCGCAGCGCGAGUAUGUGCUUCCCGCAUCUAAAUUCUAGAAUCUAGAA